AUGUUUGGAAAGGCAGCUAUCGUCAGUGCGCUCGUAAGCGCCGUGUCCGCGGGCACAAUUCUGUGGGAUGGCCGCUUCAAUGAAAUGACUUCUUCUUCCGACUUGGACAAAUGGUCCUGGGCAAAUCAAGUGGGCAACUACCAAUACUACAUUCACGGAUCGGGCGCUACCACCAAAUACGUAAACUUGUCACCAAACUACAAGAACCCUGGGGACUCCGGCAGCAAGCAAGGUGCCAAGAUCACGAUCGAUAACACGGCCAAGUGGAACAGCGACAUGUGGAGGACAGAGCUGAUCCCUCAGACCAAAGCUGCUAUCAACCAAGGAACGGUCUACUACCAUUUCUCCAUCAAGAGAUCUACUACCAACGUUCCGAGUGCGACGAACGAACACCAGAUCUGUUUUUUCGAGAGCCACUUCACAGAGCUGAAGUACGGAUGGGUCAACGGAGAGUCUGGCACAAGCAACACCAACCUGCAAUGGAUGGUGGGUGGCCAGAGCAAGUGGAAAGUGGACCUCAAGGCGGAUGAAUGGCACAACGUAGCUUACGAGAUCAACUUCUCCUCCAACCAAGUUACCUUCUGGCACUCGACUGGUAACAACACGCUCGUCAAGACUGCAGGGCCUUUCUCCACCAGCACAUCUUCAAACGGUGCUGACUGGCAUCUUGGUGUCCUUCGCCUACCCCGCCAGGGUAACGAUGGGACGGGUGCGGAGGACUGGUUCUUCUCCGGAACUUACGUUGAGAGCGGCCCGCUCACCACUUCAGUUGCUAGCCCUGCGGCUUAG